AUGUCUCAGAAUCAACGGGAAGCCUGGGAGCGUGUGCAGCUCAUGCUGCAGAAGCGCAAGGCUGGUUUUGGUGGAUUUCCCGGAGGUGGCGGUCGCGGCGGCUUCGGCCUGGCCGGUUCUCUCAUCCUGCUCGGUGUCGGUACCUGGGCAGCUUCCAACUCCCUCUUUAACGUUGACGGUGGUCACCGCGCCAUCAAGUACUCUCGAGUAAGUGGUGUGCGGAAAGAGAUCUAUUCCGAAGGAACUCAUAUCCGUAUUCCCUGGCUCGAGACUCCCAUCGUUUAUGACGUCCGCGCCAAGCCGCGCAACAUCGCCUCCUUGACCGGUACCAAGGACUUGCAGAUGGUGAACAUCACCUGCCGUGUUCUGUCCCGACCUCGUGUGGACGCUCUGCCCCAGAUCUACCGUACCCUCGGCCAAGACUUUGACGAGCGUGUGCUUCCCUCAAUCGUCAACGAAGUUCUGAAGAGUGUUGUCGCCCAGUUCAAUGCCAGCCAACUGAUCACUCAGCGUGAGAAUGUUGCUCGUUUGGUUCGUGAGAACCUGGCGCGCCGUGCUGCUCGUUUCAACAUCGCCCUCGACGAUGUCUCUCUGACUCACUUGACCUUCUCUCCUGAAUUCACCGCCGCUGUCGAAGCCAAGCAAGUCGCUCAACAGGACGCUCAGCGUGCUGCCUUCCUGGUCGACAAGGCCCGCCAAGAGAAGCAGGCCUUCAUUGUCCGCGCCCAGGGUGAGGCUCGCUCGGCUGAACUGAUUGGUGAUGCUAUCAAGAAGAGCAAGAGCUAUAUCGAGCUGCGCAAGAUCGAGAACGCCCGCCACAUCGCCCAGAUCAUCCAGGAGAACGGUGGCAAGAACAAGUUGUAUCUGGACAACCAGGGUCUUGGUCUGAAUGUCAAUGCGACGAGCGAGGAGAACAAAUAA